GCGCACUACUCAGAAGUUUGCCAAAUAUCAGAAACCUCUACCUUUCAACCAAAAAUGGAACACAAAGAAAUGAAUUUAGUUCACACUUGCUCGUCAAAACGAUAUUGGGUAUUGAAUGUUGUAGGUCACUGUUGAGGCUGUCUGGUAAAUUUGACGUCUAGGUCGAUAUGUCUAGGUCCCAUGGAUGAAGUCUUCUUAGGAUGAAAGGAGAGUCAGAUAACGAGCAGUCUUUUGAUUCAGAUGAAUCUGAUGAUUACAAUUAUAAUGAACCUGAUUAUGAUGUAGAGGGUGAAAAAUAUAGCACAGAUAGAGUUCAUCCUGAAUCUUUCAUGUACAAAGGACUAGAAAGAAAUGAAGUCGAAAGUUUUCUUAACAGUAUUGUUGAUAACCUAUGCAACCUAAUACAUGUGCCCCCAGCAAUAGCUCGUCUAUUACUGCACAAUAAUAAGUGGGAUGUAGAGGCAGUCAAGAAAAAGUUUCUGGCUCAUCCUUUGGUUACACUUAUCAAUCAUGAUAUUUUACCAGGACUAAAUACCCAAUCCAGCUGCAGUGAUAGCCAAGCAGUGAUGGCUACUAUCCAUACAAUUCAAAAACUUAAUUCGCGCGUCACUCCUUUUUUGUCGCGACCUAAAAUCACAUCAGACUCCUGCUGUGAAAUAUGUUUUUCAGUUCCGUCGAAUAAGUCAAAUAAUCCUGUGAAUAUAUUCAAUGAGCCAGUUUUACAAAUAUCCUCCCGUCAAUCGAAUUAUUGUAAACAAGGAAAUUCAAAAACUCCCAUUUCUUCUUCUUCUUCUUCACUUACCAAUGAUCCCUUAUCGCUUCAUCUCUCGCGUCCUUCUACCGUCGUUACCAGUAGUAUGUAUGAUGUUUGGUCAGAUAAUGAAAAUAGCCGUGAAAUGAAUGGACUGUGUGGUCUCUCCUGUGGUCAUCGAUUUUGUCCAGAUUGUUGGUGUUCCUAUUUGACAGUGAAAAUUGAAGAAGGUUUAAGUAUUGACAUCAAGUGUAUGUCAGUUGGAUGUAAUGUUCUAGUCAUAGAGGAUUUUCUUUUGACAUUGUUGAAAAAUUCUCCCGUAAAGGAUAAAUACCUAAAUUUACUAUUUCAACGUAUGGUUGAAAGUCAUCCUUCAUUGCGAUUUUGUGUCGGUUUCAACUGUCCUAUGCUAAUUUGUGCAUUGGAAGAGCCGAAAGCCCGACGUGUCCAAUGUGAACGAUGUCAUUCAGAGUUCUGUUUUAUGUGCUCAGAAGCAUAUCAUGCUCCAACUAGCUGUGCAACCCUGAAACACUGGCUCGUGAAAUGUCGAGAUGAUUCAGGAACGGCAAAUUAUAUGACAGCACACACUAAGGACUGUCCAUCGUGUCAUGUGUGUAUAGAAAAAAAUGAAGGUUGUAAUCAUAUGAAAUGCUCAAUUUGCCAUUAUGAAUUUUGCUGGGUGUGCUUAGGUGUUUGGAAAUCGCACGAUGCAGAGUAUUACUUCUGUAGCAAAUACCAAGAGAAUCCAGAUGCUGCGAAAGAGUCUGUGAGAACACGAGCUCGUGAAUCAUUGGAGCGAUACAUGUUUUAUUAUGAACGAUGGGAAAAUCAUGAACGCAGUCUGAGAUUAGAACAUGAUCACCGAGCACGUAUUCAAGCUAGAAUCAAUGAAAAAGUACUCAAAAAAGAAGGGACAUGGAUUGAUUGGCAGUAUUUACUACUGGCUGCCGAUACCCUUAGAAACUGUCGAUACACUUUAAAAUACACUUAUCCUCAUGCUUUUUAUGGUGAAAAAUUAGAACGUAAAGAAUUAUUCGAGUAUCAACAAGCCUUAUUAGAAGCUGAAGUAGAAGAUCUCUCCUGGAAAAUAGAACAUGCUGAGAUAACAGAUCGAGCAGAUUUACAAAAUAAAAUGGAUAUCUGUGAAAAGCAUCGGUUAACUUUGUUACAAGAAUUUUUGACCAAUUAAAAAGUGUUUUACACUUGUGUCUUUUUGACCUUUUCUCCUUCUUUUUUUUAUUUGUUUGACUUCUUGAGGCUAUUUUCUUUAUCCAAUAGGAAUGACUUCGUGUCGUCACGAUGCUUCCUUGUAUUGACAGAUCUUUCAGAAAGUAGUAGUCGGAGAGGGGGGAGAAGGAAAUAUACACAAUUUUUCGCCAUUUAGACAUAUUUUUGGGUGAUCACAUUUCAAAAAUCAUUUCACGCGUAGUGUUCUUUUUCUUCAUACACUACACUGUUUCUUUUUGAAUUCUGUUUAUUAUUAUUUUUGUUUUUUUCAGUUAAAAAAGUAGCUAGUUAGCUUUAUAUUUCUAAUCUUAUUUGCUGACUUUUGUAUGUAUAUUUAUCAAUAUUUCUAUUUACACUUGUUUAUCUUUUCGACUGAUCAUCAUAUGAGUAUCAACUCCUCUCUGUGUUAACUAAUUUCAACACUGGUUCAUAAUAUCAAUCUUGUUCUUAUGUGAUGAUUACACUUGUGUAAAUCUUAUUCUUUCUAGGUAUACUUUUGUAAAGUGACUUCAUUUGCCUUUCCCGAAUAAAAAAUCCUACUUCCUUAUCAA